CUCUCAGAUAUUAUCCCUUGCAGACUUGACUUGAGUUCUGCCAAACCUGCCGCCCAUUGCCUCUCUCCCUUGAAGUCCCUUCUCCCUUCUUCCGUUUAAGGUUCUUGAUUUGUGGUACAGACUAGAAAUCUUUAUCCUGCCAUGUCAGGGGACCCUUUCCCCGGCGCGCCGGCGUCGGGUGCCCCACCGGCUCCGUAUGCGCGGCAGCAGAACUACAGCUUCAACGGGCGCGUCCUGCUCAUGGCCGCCUUCCUCCUCUUCGCGCUCACCAUCUUCUUCACCCUCAUCCGCUUCUUGCUGUACGUGCUCGUGGCGCGGUCGGGCGGCCGCCGUCGCCGCGGCAGCUUCACCGCCGGCAUCCUGCGGUCCAUCAACUCGUUCGGCGCAACUAGCGGCCGGCGUGGGCUGGACGCCUCUGCGCUCUCCGCGCUGCCGGUCACCACGUACCGGAAGGAGGGCGCCGCCACCGCCGGGGCUGACUGCGCCGUGUGCCUGUCGGAGCUCGCCGACGGAGAAAAGGUGCGGGAGCUGCCCAACUGCGGGCACUCGUUCCACGUGGAGUGCGUCGACGCGUGGCUGCGCUCCAGGACGACGUGCCCGCUCUGCCACGCCGAGGCUGAGCUGCCCAAGGGGAACGGCAAGGCGGAGGCGGCGGUGCAGUCGUCGUCGUCGUCAUCGUCGUCUGCCAGGGACCCGCCGCAGCAGGCGUUGUUCGGUGCAGGAGGAACCUUGAUCGUGACCGUGCAAGGUGGCUUCCCGGACACCCAAAGGGGCGUGCGCGGGUCAACAUCGGGGUAGGAGGUCAGUCGGGAUCUUCCUAUUCGUAGAUUGCAGGGAAAUUUCAAAGGGUACUGCGGCACAUGCAUAUACUAGAGGUUAGACCGUGUUUCAUGCACAAGUUGGGCACAACCAUACGAAACGCCAUUUCUUUUUGUCUGUUUGAGCCAAAGUCACCCAUUUGUUUGUUUGUUGUAUUCCGAGGAGAGCAUAAGAAACUCAUCUGUUGUUAAUUGGACAAGUCUAGGUAGCGGCCGGUUGCUCGCCGGGCUUCGCGAGCGGCCGGCCUAAAAUAGAAAUAUUUUUGUCUACUUGAUUAAUAUUAAUAAGAAAAAUAACGGGAGACCUUCCCUUCCUUGUC